GUUCAUGAUUAACAAAUCAGGACCCACCCAAUGAGGUGGCCUCCAGGGCCUGGUUUCCAGAGGCGGUGCUGGCCCUGCACAGUCUUCCUGAAUGCCAGUCAGAGCUGAGGGAGGAGGCCACCCUGGACAUUGGAGGCUUUGGAGGUGACAGGGCUGCCUGGAAGGGGUGCAGGUGCCUAGCUCUCUCUGGUGUUCUUUGAGAUUCAGACACACAAGUCUCCAUGGCUCCUUACCGCAUCCGCAAAUAUCAGGAGAGCGACCGCCAACGUGUCCUGGACUUGUUCUCCCAGGGCAUGAUCCAGCACGUCCCCACCACCUUCCGCCACAUCCUGAAGCUGCCUCGAACACUUGUGUUCUUGCUUGGGGUGCCCCUCACCCUAUUCCUGGUCUCUGGGUCCUGGAUCCUGGCCCUGGUGUCUGGCCUCACCCUCCUCGCUGCCUUGAGGUUCCUUGCCAAAUACCCCUGGACUGAGUAUGUGGCCCACAGUUUGCACACAGACAUGUCUGACAUCACCAAAACCUACCUCAGUGGGCCUGGCUCCUGCUUCUGGGUAGCUGAGUCUGAGGGGCAGGUGGUGGGCACAGUGGGAGCUCUGCCUGUGGAGAAGCCCACCCUGCAGAAGAAGCAGCUGGAGCUGCUUCACUUAAGUGUGUCCUUGGAGCACCGGGGCCAGGGGAUAGCAAAAGCCCUGGUCAGGACUCUCCUUCAGUUUGCUCGGGACCAGGGCUACAGUGAGGUUGUGCUCAGCACCACCAUGCUGCAGUACUCGGCCAUAGCCCUCUACCAGAGCAUGGGCUUCCAGAAGACGGGCCAGCACUUCCCUUCCAUGUGUGGCAGACUACUCGCUAUUUCUAUAUUUGAUUUUACCUAUCAGCUCCCUUCUGCUCAGGUCUCUCACGCACCAUAGCAGAAAGGGGACCUGUCAUCUGUAGCCUGGUGCACCUGUCAGGACAGGAUGGGCCCUGUAGCAGUAACAAGCUGACUCUGAGUUCUCACUGUAACAAUAAAAGCUUUUAUUUGUAAACAUCAAAGCCCCCGGGGGGUGGGGUGGGGGUGAUUCUGCUCCUUUCCGUCUUUUUGGGUCAUCACUGUUGCAUUGAUCUAGUGACACAAACGUUGCAUAAAAUCAAUCACAAAAGCAUAAUAAACAUUUACUCAGUUUGUGA